AUGAGGAAAAACUCGGGCACCCGUCGACGCCGACGACGGUGCGUUUGCUUACUUGCCAAUCCGCUGCCUCGCCAACUGCUGUACCCGAUGCAUGUGCUUCCGGAUGUUCUCCAUGGUCAGGGUAGCCGCCCAGGAGCCGUCGACAGCCACCACCACUUGGACGAGAAGGCGAAGGUGAAGGUGAAGGCGAAGACGAAGACGAACUGUCGCACGAACACAACACACGAUCACCCCCUGAAACCGCAGUAUCCCGUGGUCCCACCAGCAGCGCUUAUUUCUGAGUACAUACGCGACAAUGACAUCAAAGCGGUAACAUACACGACGGUAUAUCUUCCUGUCUCUCGCUCGCGCCUAUGA